CUCGUUCCUUUUCUCGCUUCGCCUUUCAAUAUUCGUUUAAGCCUUAAACCCUAGUAGAACCUAAACUAAAACCCUUGUAGAAAUCAGAAGAUGAAACCGAUGAGAGAAGUUCUAUUGAGAAACAUCUCUCUCUAUUCCCACCGUCGUUUUCUCUCUCCUUCCACAUAUACCACCAAUCCGAUUCACUCCCUGUUCCCACUCGCAGCCUCGACUCGGUCCAGAAUGAGCUUCUACUCGUCCGAGUCAUCCGAGUCUUCUCGAAGCCCUGAGAAAUACGCAUCUGACGAUGAUGUCACCGACGUCAGCAAGGAAGAGCUAAAGAAGCAAAUAGACAAGUAUUUUGAGGGGGAUCUGGAGGCAGUACCAUCAAUUUUUGAAGCAAUUCUACAGAGAAAAUUAGCAAGGCUUAUGGGGAAGAAGAAUGACGACGAUGAUGACGAGAAGUUGAUCGAAGAGCUUUGCGGCAAGAAAGAACUUGGACAUGGGUCGGAGAGCGAUUUUGAAGACAAAGACUCUUAAUCUGAUUGUAUGUGAAUUGUAAGUCUGAGAUACAACGGUGAGGCUUUCAUGAACAGAAGAUAAUAACGAUGAGCGUGGUAAUGGUCAGAAUACCGAGAUCAAGAUCUGGUAUUUUCAUAUUUUGAUUUGAAGAAAAGGCGAAUGGAGGAAUGUUCUACUAUGUAUAUAUACCGAGGAAAUCUUUGUACUUUUUGUAGGAUUAGUAGAAGUAGACUAUUUCAUAGAAAGAUCAAACAAGAAAUAACCACAAGCAUUUAGAAUGAUAAUCCAAAUAAAAGAAAGAUAAAGAUUUAGAGUGUUUCAGUUCAAUGUAGCAUGUCUUCUUUGUGGUUACUCAACUUUCUUAUUGUAUUCCUGGGAUUACAUAUUUGAACUCUCUUCUGAAUUCUCUCAACAUAGAAUGUACCAAGAAAGGUAGCUUGAAUCCUUGCGUUCUGUCCGUCUCCUAUUUAUAGGUGUCUUUUGCUGUUGAAAAUCGCCCGAUGUGGUUCCUCUCAUGUCCUCCAUCUUCGGAUCCACUAUCCUCUAGCCGCUCCGAGAUUGUGCGGGCUGUGCCUGGUGCUUAGGAGCCUCAUGCCAUCAUGGUUGUGUAGAUGACUACUCCGGGUAUUUCGAACUUAAUGAGAUUGUGUCUCGCAUUCAUAAAUUGGUCAUACAAAGACUAGUGUUCAUUAGGCUCUUCCAAGGGAACAGCUCCACAUGGUUGGUCGCUUUGCGACCAGCUCUAAACGUUUCAUAAUUUUUCUUUGUUUCCAUUAGCCACUAGUGGGCGAUCUAUUUAUGUAUUUGUUCACUGCCUUUGUGAG